CACAACGACCGACAGUUUCCCACUUAAUGAUUCUGCUCUCCCGUGCUGGCGUGAUAGGGUAUGCGGUAUGGCGAAGACUCGACCAUCAGAACCCCCUCCAUACGAAGCUCCUCCACCUUGGAUCCCAGCAGCUCAGCGAUGGAAAAAUCCUAUUUACAACAGUAACUUGAGCAUGUACUUACCAAGGGUGGUAGAACUUAAGAAGCAAGUUCAAGGCCAACCACUUGGUUUUAAUAUUAGAGGCGGGAGGGCGAAUGAAGGCGGUGUUUUCAUUUCGAAGGUUUUAGCAGAAUCUGAAGCGGAGAAACUAGGAUUGAAGCCAGGAGAUGAGAUUUUAUCUGUCAAUAAUGCAGAUUUUACUGAUAUCCCGCAUAAUGAAGCUGUGGAAAUUUUAAAAAGAUCUAUGGAGUUGAAGUUGAAAGUUCAGUAUUUUCCAUAUGGUUAUGAUGCUCAGAUGAAAAUAUCUGGAAUAUUACCAAUGUAAAUUUGGGAGGGAUUAUAAAAAAUCACUGUUGUUGCUACACUACUUCAAAUUUUAUUUAUGCCAAGUCUUCAUAUAAGAGAGUUUCGUACUGUUUAUUGUUUGAUAUUUGCUGCACUGAUUGUGGUUCAUCUGUGAAUUAUUUUUAUAUGAAUUUAAUGGUUCUUCAAUAAAAUAUUUUACACAUUUAUUUUACACUGUUAUUCAAACUAUUCCUUGUUUCUUUGAUCAUAAUAAAAUAUGGGACUUUGCCGCUG